AUGAUGAUAGGUGUCCCGCCUGAGGCAUCUUACCUCCUUCAAAGGUUAAGCCGCCCCAACAAGUUCAAGAGUUAUGCAUCCGCUCGCUCCUUUGAGGCCGAUUGCGCUGACUUGAUCACAUUGUGGACCAACCUGCCACUGGCACCGGGAACGGAGGAGGGAGAAGAUAUGCAAAGGAAGUUGGUGGACAUGUGGUCCGGCUUUGUGAAGAACGCGGUUUCCUAUGUGAUGAGUGGCAAUCCACUACUGAAUUACAGGCCACUGUUGGAGGCAAUCUUGGCGUCGAGUGCAGCAGUUGAGUCGUCCAUACUUACAGCAGCAUCGUGCAGCUCAGCUGUCUCCACCAACUCAGAGUGUGUUGAGUCCCUCACGAAGGCUGUAGUCGAUGUCGUGGCUAAGCGGACCGCUGAGAUAGCAGCGCUGAUUCCUCCACUAGACUUGUUACAACAGGUGCUGAUGUUCAUUGACCUACUGCAGGAAUAUUAUCACCUUCCGGGAGAUAAGAUGAAAACGACCGGCAACUGUACGUCUUUGAACCCAAUUUUACUUCAUCCCCUGAUAUUAAACGUUGUCAAAGCUUACACGAAGCUUGUCGAGCGCUGUGCUACGUUGUUCGUUGAGGAAGUGGCCUUCCCCACCUACUGGAAUAUUGGCGGUGCGCCUUCACCCGCCUGUAUACUUGUUGAUGGUGUUCACCCAACGAUUUACUUUUGCUUCACCACAAUGAUCUCCCUUGUACGGGCUUACAGAAACAGCGGUCUUGCGGGGGACGACAGAUCAUGUCGCCAAGUUAUUGCGCAGGUGUGGUACCAUGGUUCCUUCGCAAUGAUCGCCGCGGUAGAAACUGUGGAAAAUAGCGAAAAACGGAAAAGGCAACUUGAGAUAGAUACAUUACAUUACGUGUUAUUUGCUCGUAUGUUUCGUGAGUUUGUUGGGGAGGGUUACUUUGCCCCGGUCACCAGGGCACUUGUGAAACUUCUUGUGACAGUAGGCGGGUGUGUCCGCGGCGGAGCAGAAAAAGAGGAAGCCAGCGUACACGUACACAGCUGCACAAAAUUCGUCGACGACAUAUGGAACGUGUGCCCAAUAAAAGAGCUGGAGUGGCUUCAGCUGGGGGCAGCGGCCCGUGUGGCUCGGCGUGACGGCAGCCCUAACGAUGGAGCCUUCGUUCCGUGGAGCAAAGCUUUUGUUCGUGCUGCAAAUGUAGAAGUGGCGCGAGAGGUUCCAGCAGGAUGGGAAAGUACUUGCUUUAAUAAACUUAUGUGA